AUGUCUGCUGUCGCUCCCAUCGUUCUCAUCCUCGGUGCUGGGCCCAACAUUGGCCAGAAUGUAGCUCGGGCCUUUGUUGCGAAGGGCUACAAGGCCGCUCUUGUCUCGAGAAAGCUAAAGGAAGCAGACAGCACUCCUGAUCAACUCAACAUCGCCAGUGACUUGUCGGAUCCAAACGCCGUCAUCAGUGCCUUUUCGAAGGUCAAGACAGAGCUGGGUGAUCACCCGAGCGUUGUCGUCCACAAUGUCGCCGCCGUGACGCCAAACCCUCCCAAUGACCCGCUCGCGCUUGGGCUGGCCGACUUCACUCGGGAUCUCAACAUCAACACGACCAGCGCCUUCGUCGCGGCGCAGCAGGCUGCCAUUGGCUUCGCGAAGCUCCCCAGCUCCGCAUCCAAGACCUUCAUCUACACCGGCAACAUCCUGAACACCACUGUGAUGGGCCCGCUCCUCGAUUUGGGCGUCGGCAAGUCGGCGACAGCGCACAUUAUCCAGUCAGCCGCGGCGGCAUACAAGGACCGAGGAUACAAGUUCUAUUAUGCGGACGAGCGCAAGCCUGAUGGGUCGGCUGCGUUUUCUGUGGAUGGAGAAGCCCACGGGAAGUUCUAUGUGGAGCUUGCCGAGGGAGAGUCGCAGGGGCCGUGGCAGCAGGCAUUUGUCAAGGGUGUGGGCUACAAGGACUUUUCCUCUGCUUAG